UCGUCGGGGCGUUUUUUCUUGUAUAAUUUUGUUUUUAUUUCUUCCAAUCCCUGGGAUUUACUUUUCUCUCUUAUUUGCGUCCUCUUACCGGGGGCAAACUGGCCGCUGAAUUCGCCACGGCUAUACCGAAAUUCCCUUGUUGCCGCCGGACAUAUCUCCUCAUAUCCCCCUUUUCGACAUUGCAGCAGCAAAUAUGAACUCUCAGUUCAUGGGCACAUUGGCAAGGGCGUUGCCUUCAGCCUGCCGGCCAUGCCAAUUCCGGACAUUGCCUGUUCGCCUGGCACGGCCUUUCUCGUCCUCCCAGAAGUCCGAUUCGAGUGCAAAGGAAAAGAGCCGUGAGAUUGAGAGACAGCUUUUGGACACGAAACCCGAACAGCCUGCGGAGGACAGCUCACCCCUCUCUGCUAUCACAAAGAUGAUGCAGGGUGAGAAGACCCGCGCGAGUCAGACCGUGAGCCGCGAUUAUUCUCGAAUGGCUGAAAGUCUGGAGGCCGAGAUGAUCAAACAACCUUAUGCCGAUCGUGCACCUCCACACCAUCUCCAUAUCUAUGCACACAAGCACAAUACCAUCCUGACUCUGACACGACCGAACGGAAACCCUCUGUUAUCGAUGGGCUGCGGCCACCUGGGCUUCCGCAAAGGCCACCGUUCUGGUUAUGACCCGGCAUACCAGCUUGCUGUCCAUGUGUUCGGACAGCUGCAGGAAAAGGGCAUUCUUUUCGAAAUGCAACGACUGGAGCUCAUCUACCGUGAUUUCGGACCUGGACGGGACGCUUUCACUAAAGUCUUGUUGGGCAACGAAGGAAGAAAUAUUCGAGGCUUGGUCAGCCGAGUAACAGAUUCGACCCGGAUAAAGUUUGGUGGUACCAGAAGCAGGAAGGUUCGCAGACUGGGUUAGGUUGUUCGACUUCCUUUUCUGUGUUAUUAUGGGCUACCUUCGUCGGUAUCCUUUAUGGGGGAGAGAAUAGGAUGCGGUUGUAUGGGUUGACACCGCGUUCAUGGCACCAAGGAAUCAACGCCACAUCAUCUGGCUGAAAUUACCGUGCUUCGAUCAGCCUAGACAUUCGCCAUUGGAUAUGGAGUUGUCAAGGAAAGCUGGUCUUUGGUGGUCCAUGUCCUACUCGCCAUGUUUGUAUACUACUAGCCAGCAUGUCAUUUACAAGUACCCGGGAUAUCCAUCCGAGCUACUCUAGUUUCUAU